AUGUCCUCCGAAACUUUUGAAUUUCAAGCUGAGAUCACUCAAUUAAUGAGUUUGAUCAUUAAUACUGUCUACUCCAACAAAGAAAUUUUCUUAAGAGAAUUAGUUUCUAACGCUUCUGAUGCUUUAGACAAAAUCAGAUACCAAUCUUUAUCUGAUCCAAAGGUCUUAGAAACCGAACCAGAAUUAUUCAUUAGACUAACUCCAAAACCAGAAGAAAAAGUUCUUGAAAUCAGAGAUUCCGGUAUUGGUAUGACCAAAGCUGAAUUAAUCAAUAACUUAGGUACCAUUGCUAAGUCUGGUACCAAAGCUUUCAUGGAAGCCUUAUCUGCUGGUGCCGAUGUUUCUAUGAUUGGUCAAUUCGGUGUUGGUUUCUACUCUUUAUUCUUAGUCGCUGACAAGGUUCAAGUUAUCUCUAAGCACAAUGACGACGAACAAUACAUCUGGGAAUCUAAUGCUGGUGGUUCUUUCACUGUCACUUUAGAUGAAACCAACGAAAAGAUCGGUAGAGGUACCGUUUUAAGAUUAUUCUUAAAGGAUGAUCAAUUAGAAUACUUGGAGGAAAAGAAAAUUAAGGAAGUCAUUAAAAGACACUCUGAGUUCGUUGCUUACCCAAUCCAAUUACUAGUCACCAAGGAAGUCGAAAAGGAAGUUCCAGCUACUGAAGAAGGUGAAGAAAAGAAGGAAGACGAAGAGGAUGACAAGAAGCCAAAAUUAGAAGAAGUCGAUGAAGAAGGUGAAGAAAAGAAACCAGAAACUAAGAAGAUCAAAGAAGAAGUUAAAGAAUUAGAAGAAUUAAACAAGACUAAACCAUUAUGGACUAGAAACCCAUCCGAAAUCUCCCAAGACGAAUACAAUGCAUUCUACAAAUCCAUUUCUAACGACUGGGAAGAUCCAUUAUACGUUAAACAUUUCUCUGUUGAAGGUCAAUUGGAAUUCAGAGCUAUCUUAUUCAUUCCAAAGAGAGCUCCAUUUGACUUAUUCGAAUCUAAGAAGAAGAAAAACAAUAUUAAAUUAUACGUUCGUCGUGUCUUCAUCACUGAUGAAGCUGAAGAUUUAAUUCCAGAAUGGUUAAGUUUCGUCAGAGGUGUCGUCGACUCUGAAGAUUUACCAUUAAACUUAUCAAGAGAAAUGUUACAACAAAACAAAAUCAUGAAGGUCAUCAAGAAGAACAUCGUCAAGAAGUUAAUUGAAUCCUUCAAUGAAAUCGCGGAAGACUCUGAACAAUUUGAGAAAUUCUACUCUGCCUUCGCCAAGAACAUCAAGUUAGGUAUUCACGAAGAUACUCAAAACAGAGCUGCUUUAGCUAAACUAUUACGUUACAACUCCACUAAGGCCACCGAUGAAGUUACCUCAUUAAGUGACUACGUUACCAGAAUGCCAGAACACCAAAAGAACAUCUACUACAUUACUGGUGAAUCUAUGAAGGCUGUUGAAAAGUCUCCAUUCUUAGAUGCAUUAAAGGCUAAGGACUUCGAAGUCUUAUUUUUGGUCGACCCAAUUGAUGAAUACGCCUUCACUCAAAUGAAGGAAUUUGAUGGUAAGACUUUAGUUGACAUCACCAAGGAUUUCGAAUUAGAAGAAACUGAAGAAGAAAAGGCUGAAAGAGAAAAUGAAAUUAAGGAAUUUGAACCAUUAACUACUGCCUUAAAGGAAAUCUUGGGCGAACAAGUCGAAAAGGUUGUGGUCUCCUACAAAUUAGUUGAUGCUCCAGCCGCUAUCAGAACUGGUCAAUUCGGUUGGUCGGCUAACAUGGAAAGAAUCAUGAAGGCUCAAGCUUUGAGAGAUUCUUCUAUGUCUGCUUACAUGUCCUCUAAGAAGACCUUCGAAAUCUCUCCAAAAUCUCCUAUUAUCAAGGAAUUAAAGAAAAGAGUGGAUGAAGGUGGCGCCCAAGAUAAGACUGUAAAGGAUUUAACUGCCUUAUUAUUCGAAACUGCUUUAUUGACAUCCGGUUUCACUUUAGAAGAACCAACCUCUUUCGCUUCUAGAAUCAACAGAUUAAUCUCUCUAGGUUUAAACAUUGACGAAGAGGAAGAAGAAGCCGCUGCUCCAGAAGCUGCUGCUGAAGCUCCAAUCGAAGAAGUUCCAGCUGACACCGAAAUGGAAGAAGUUGAUUAA